AUGACCUACAAAGAUCUGACGGGCGCGGCCACACAGGGCUGGAUGAUUGACACCUACAUGACUGACCAGUACUUCAGUGUCAUGGCGUCUGACACCGUCGCCUGGGAAGACUCGCCUAAUAAUGACACGGAAUGGAAUGCUACCCCCGCGGUGAGAUCGGGACCUGGACAGCCUGGCAGUGACGUGCAAAAGGUACAAUAG